AUGACCUCUCGCCUUGUCAUGCUUCGUCAGACAAGCCGGCGCUGCAUUUGCAUACAACCUACUUGCUUCCCUGGUUACCGAGCUGCACAGCCGCCAGAACUCUACGUCAGUAGUCGACCCCCCCAGCCGCCAAUUGACAAUGCGAACAUAUGUAGCCAGAGGCUUCAUACCAUGAUGAGACGAGCCCCGAAUACUCGUCUCGACUCUUUCUCGCUGCGUGAUCGGCUGCGCUGGAGUAGCUCCAAGGCCGAGACCUCCGGAGGACUCGUAUCACCCCGUUCGCGCACCGGCCAAAAGCAGGACAGGCAGGCCGGCUUGGCAAGCCAGGCCCGAUAG